ACUUCGUGAGGUAGUAUACACGAAAGGCUGCGAGGCUGUAUUUCACAGUUGAUCUAUUGGUUUUCGUUCCUGUUUUUCAUCCGAGGCCCAGCAGAGCGAGCCAUCGAGGAGCGGGGGGCGGGUCCCAGUGGUGCGCCGGUGUCCCGUGCGGAAGUCUGAACCCGAGCCAGGGUGGGUUCGCACCCGCAACCCACUCCAGUGUUCUUGCCUGGAGAAUCCCAGGGACGGCGGAGCCUGGUGGGGUCGCACAGAGUCGGACACGACUGAAGUGACUUAGCAGCAGCAGCAGCGGCCCAGAGGGAGCUGAGCGCUCACCCGCCGGGGACCGGGGAGGGGACGCGGCAGGCGUUAGCACAAAUGAAGGCGGACCCCCCGGGCACCGGCGCCCUCGGGCGGUGCGUGAGGCUGGCGACCCGGUGGCCUCGUAGUUCCGGGAGUGCGCGGCACCCGCGGCCGCCGCCACCACCACUGCUGCCGCUGCUGCUACUGCUGUCCGGACUGGUGCAGAAGGGAGCGGCAGAGAGUCCCUGGGGGCUGCCCUUAGUGGCUGAUGGCCCAGCUUCCAUGGCAAAGGUGGUGAUGGCAGAACUGACAAACCUGAAGUUGGAAAACAAGUCAUGGCCUAGAGGGACGCACUCCCUCCGCUACCACUACCUGUACCUGUCAGAGCCGGGCCCGAGCCUCCCUAAGUUUCUUGCUGUAGGCUACGUGGAUGAUCAGCCUUUUAUCCGGUAUGACAGUCGUGUGGACAAAGCUGAGCCCCAGGCUCCGUGGAUUACGCCCAUGAAUGCCAAGUACUGGGAGAAGGAGACCAAGAAGCAGAGGAAAUGGGCAGAGAUUCAUCAGGUGGAGACAUGGCAAACGAUGGGCUACCACAACCACAGCAGCGGCAUGCACAGCACUCACCGCAUGUUUGGCUGCGAGAUCCAGGAAGAUGGCCACUUCAACAGCUUCUGGCGGUUUGGCUAUGAUGGGCAAGACCACGUGUCACUGGACAUGGAAACUCUGAGCUGGGUGUCAGCUAACCCCGUGGCUCUGUUGACCAAGCGCAGAAUUGACACAGAGCACUGCUAUGCUGAGUACGACAAAGCCUACCUGGAAGGCCCCUGCCUCGCCUCCCUGCACAGAUACCUGGAGUUAGGAGGCCAGAGAGUCACCCGGAGAGAACCACCCACAGUACGGGUGACAAAGCACUCAGCCCAGGAUGGGGGUACCACCCUGAGGUGCUGGGCCCUGGGCUUCUAUCCACAAGACAUCUCGCUGAGCUGGUGGCUGGGUGAGAAGAAGUUGAAUUCAAAGCUUGAGUAUAUGGAGCCACACCCCAGUGGAGAUGGCACCUAUCAGAUGUGGAUGGCCGUGUGGGUGCCGGCUGGGGAUGAGACCCAGUACACGUGCCACGUGCAGCACAACAGCCUGAAUCACACGCUCACUGUGUCCUGGGAAAUGCCCUCUCAUCCAGGACUUAGGGCCAUGGUUAUCUCUCUCAUCCUGAUCUUGCUGGUGAUUGGCGGUGUUAUGAGUUUGACCAAGUGCCUUUAAGCCAGGAAUAAGGACCCUUAUGAGCAAGCCCCAGGUGACUGUGGUGAAGAGGACUCCCAUAAUUCUUAAAGCCCAGCAAGAUCAGGAGCUGCUCAACUCAUCUCCUGACAGAAGUCACAAGGAGGUGUUUUGUGGGGUGUUAGGGGGGCCUGAAAACCCACUCCAGUAUUCUUGCCUGGAGAAUCCCAGGGACAGGGGAGCCUGGUGGGCUGCCGUCUAUGGGAUCGCACAGAGUUGGACACGACUGAAGCGACUUAGCAGCAGUAGCAGCAGCAGCAGGAGGGCCUGAAGGCCCCCUACACUGGCUGGCUCAUGUGAUCUGUGAUGGGCCCACCCCACCCCAAAACUGAGCCCUCUUCAUCCCCAUCAGCCUUGUUACAAGCAGUCUGUGCCACUAAGAUGCCUUUACCAUCUUCCUAAAGUCCUUUUAAUAGUCUAAUUAUUUCUGGUUUGGGGGGUGGGAGGAGGGGGCAGUAGUUAUCCCUCAGCUCCUCUUACACUUGACAAUUUGCAGAGUGAUUUCAUGUUAAUUGUAAAUCCCACUUGAGCCUCUCAGGCACUCUAUGAGUUUGGCAAUGUUACUCUCAUUCCCACUUGCCCAACAUGAAAACCAAGGGUCUGGGCAGUCAGGGAAAAACCCGAAAAAUAUCCAGAGGUUAUAAUGGCAGCAUCCUGUGUGUAGCUGCUAGCAUCAGAAAGAAAUGGCUAGAUGCCUGCCUCUUUCAUAGGUGUGUUCUGUAUAUAUGUAUGAUCUCCUUUUGUAUAGAUUAGAGUGUUGGGUGUGUGAGGGUAUAGGGGAGGCAGUAAGGGUAGGUGUGUGAAACUGAGGAGAUAUGUUAGGGUGAGGAUGUGUGGGUGUGUAUAUCUGAGGGUGAGAGGAUAUAUGGGGUACCUGUGAGGGUGAGUGUAUGUGUGGUGUGUGGUAUCCUUUUGUAUUUGAGGAGAAGCUCAGAAGACAGGUACCCGGAGACCUGUUAGUUAGUCCCAGGCAACUGAAGGUUGGGAAACAAU